AUGGAUAUUUCCCUGGCUUUGUUAUUCCUUUCCUUUUUCGCCAAACCAGUUUUGGGUUUCGGAACAGAUCAAGAAUACCAGAUUGAUAUCAUCAAUGAACUUGACCUGGCAAACGCCACCUAUGGAAUUACCCAAGUGGUGGGACUUCACAACAGCAGCAAAGCCUUCUUAUUUCGAGAUGUUGGUAGGGCAGUUCAUGCCCCAGCACAUAUCACUGAGAGGGUGGUGCAGCUCUUUAGGAGCAAAAACGAAUUCACCUUCCUGGCCUCCAUCCAGCAGAAGUCCUCCACAUCAGGAGUGAUAUUCUCCAUCCAUGAGUCAGAACACAGUUACUUUGAGCUGGAGAGCAGUGGGAUGAGAGAGGAGAUCCGUUACCACUACCGCUCCAAUGGCAAGCCUCGCUCUGAGUCCUUUCCCUACCGCCUGGCUGAUGGCCAGUGGCACAAGAUAGCUCUCACCAUCAGCGCCUCUCACCUCCUGCUGCAUGUGGACUGUAACAGGAUUUACGAACGGGUGAUCGACCCCCCCCAGAUGGAGCUUACCCCGGGCAGUGGAGUGUGGCUAGGUCAGCACAGCCACAAACACGGCCUUUUCAAGGGCAUCAUUCAAGAUGUGAAGCUGAUUUUUGCUCCCAAUGGCUAUAUAACACAGUGCCCCAACCUCAACCGUACCUGUCCCACUUGCAGUGAUUUCCUGAGCCUGGUGCAAGGCAUCAUGGACCUGCAGGAACUACUGGCCAAGAUGACCCUCAAGCUGAACUAUGCCGAGUCCCGGCUUACCCAGCUAGAGAGCUGUCACUGCGAGAGGACGUGCAGCAUUAACGGCCAGCUCUACCGAGAUAAGGAGCUAUGGGCGGAGCCAGAGAAUUGCCGAAACUGCGCCUGUAAGAAUGGUGUGGUGGAGUGUCGCAGGAUUUUCUGUCCCCCUGCAAACUGCUCAGAGGACUCGCGGCCUGUACAUGUUGAUGGUGCCUGCUGUAAAAAGUGCAGACCUAAAUGUAUCUACAUGGGGCACACUUUUUCUGAAGGACAGCGCCAUUUAUCCAGCAGCUGCAGGGAAUGCAAGAAUGGACUGAUGGUGAAAGUCUCAGAAACUUGUUCAGAGCUCAACUGCAGCUUCACUGAACAGAUCCUACCUGACAACAGAUGCUGCAACGUAUGCAAAGGUUAUGACUUUUGUGCAGAGGGACUCAUUUGUGGAGAAAACUCGCAGUGUAAAAACCAGGACACUAAAGCAGAGUGUGAAUGCAAGAGUGGCUAUGCCUCCAUUCAUGGAGAUUCCACCUACUGUGAAGAUAUCGAUGAGUGUGCUACCCAGAUGCACUACUGCCAGUCCAACACCAAGUGUGUCAACCUGCCUGGCAGCCAUAGGUGUGACUGCCGACCUGGCUUUAUAAGGGUGGAUGAAUACUCCUGCACAGAGCACGAUGAGUGCACCAGCGGCCAAAGUUGGUGCGAUGAGAACGCCAUCUGCACCAACACCAUCAGAGGUCACCUAUGCACCUGCAAGCCUGGCUAUGUUGGCAACGGCACCAUCUGCAGAGCAUUCUGUGAGGAGCGGUGCCGCAGUGGGGGGACCUGUGUGUCUCCAAACACCUGUGUCUGUCCCUCAGGGUUUACCGGACGCCACUGUGAGACAGACAUUGACGAGUGUGCAGAGGGCCUGAUUGAGUGCCACAACCACUCCCGCUGUGUGAACUUGCCAGGCUGGUACCACUGUGAGUGCAGAAGUGGUUUCCAUGACAAUGGCUCCUACCUGCUGGAUGGGAGCUCCUGCAUUGACAUCGAUGAGUGCAGUUUGCAGACACAUACCUGCUGGAAUGACAGUGUGUGUGUGAACCUGCCAGGCGGGUAUGAUUGUGUGUGUGCGUCUGGACCAGGCUGCACUGGGGACUGCCCCCAGGAGGACAGGAUCCGACGCAACGGAGAGGACUGGAAACCAAGCUUUGACCGCUGUGCUAUAUGUUCCUGCAAGGAUGGCCAGACAUACUGCAGGCGGAGACCCUGUGACUGUGGCGACCCAGAUGAAGACCUGCUCUGCUGUCCCGGCUGUGACAACAGGCCCAGCAGCCAGUGUCUGGAUCAGAGCGGACGCACACUGUACCGCAGCGGAGGGUCCUGGCUCUACGGCUGCCAGCAGUGCCGCUGCAUGGAGGGGGAGGUGGACUGCUGGCCCCUUGUCUGCCCGGUGCUGAUGUGUGAAUACACAGCAGUGAUGGAGGGUGAGUGCUGCCCGCGCUGCAUCACAGAUCCAUGCCUGGCCGACAACCUCUCCUAUGACAUUCGGCAAACCUGCCAGGACCCCGCGGGCAUCAUGCGCCUCAGUGGUGAUACAUGGCAUAUGCCUAACACACCCUGUACCACUUGCAAGUGUAAGAAUGGAAACUUGUGUUGCUCAGUGGAUCUUGACUGUCUGCAGAACAACUGA